AUGCGUCCAUCUCCCACUGACAGCAGGCGACACUUCACAGCCCGCGGAGAGACCUACAGACAGAAGUUCCGGACGGUGACAAUUUCUGCUGGAGAGAACCCUGCGGAGACGUACCACCGCCUCAAGGGGCUCUACCGCCGAUGGAUCCGCCCGGAGCAGCACACAAAGGAGCAGAUCGGAGAGCAGAUCAUCCUGGAGCAGCUUCUGCGUGUUUUCCCUGCAGAUAUCCGCACCUGGGUGAAGGAGCACGAGCCGACAGAGGGCCUAGCGGCGGCUAAACUAGCACAGCAGUACCUCAACGCUCGGAGAGGAGGCCCGGCGCCUUACCAAGCAGAACUCACACUAGUGGUCAAUGAGCAGCCCUAUUUAUUGACUGUGGGGGUGGUAGAAGGGUUACCUGUAGCAGCUAUUUUGGGUUGGGAUAUACCUGUGCUGUUGGACAUACUGCGGGAAGAGGGACCCAAGGACAGUGACUGUGGAAGGGGGUUUUCUGGACUGCUGUUGACGGAGGUUGAAGAUAUGCAGCGCCUCGGUGUGAUCGAGCCAUCCCAGGCAGAGUGGUGUAGUCCGGUGGUCAUCGUCGUGAAGAAAGACGGGUCGCUCCGCAUCUGCAUCGACUUCCGGAAGCUCAACGCCAUGUCAGAGUUCGACGCCUACCCGAUGCCCCGGAUAGACAACCUCCUGGAAAAGAUUGGCCGGGCCCGGUUCAUCACGACCCUCGACCUCUGCAAAGGUUACUGGCAGUUCGCCACCAUCACCGCUCCACUGACCGCGUUGACGAUGAAGGACCAGAGGAACCCGGUCGUCUGGAACGAGGACUGCGAGACAGCCUUCCAGGCCCUCAAGUCCUACCUCUGCUCAUCGCCGGUGCUGCGGAGCCCCGACUUCGAACAGCGGUUCCUGGUCCAGACUGACGCUUCUGCCGUGGGACUAGGAGCGGUCCUGGCUCAAGGGGACCCUGGAGAGGAACGUCCGCCGUUCCAGUUCCAGAUCCGCCAUCGAGCUGGGAAGACUAAUGUCGUGGCAGACUACCUGUCCAGGUUGCCGCACAUCGUCAACCUCGAGGAGGAGGGGGAUAAUGUGACGGAGCGCCAGUGA